GUUUGUGACGAGACGAGGGAUUUAUUUGAAAGUGAAAGUCUUGCGUCUUCCGGUAUAUCGUGGUGAACUUGACGCCACCUCUGACUAGAGGCGUGUGUUUGUUUUGCAGGCUGCGUGAGGAGGACUAUGAGGGUGGAGACGCUGAAAAGUCGGCUCAUACAUUGCCAGAGAGGAGCUGUCAGCGGAGCAGGUGGAGCUCUUCAGUCCACUUCCACCGGUGAGGUCCCAGCGGAGGGACAGGAGCGAGGAUACAUAUUUCCUUCAUAUUAAUGUCGGUUCACCGCGUCUGUGAGAUUUGACAAGCCCGACCAUGACUUCGGUAUGGAAGCGGCUCCAGCGGGUCGGAAAGAAAGCGUCCAAGUUCCAGUUUGCUGCUUCCUUUCAAGAACUGAUGAUAGAAUGCACAAAUAAAUGGCAGCCAGAUAAACUAAGAGUGGUGUGGAUCAGGAGAAACAGACGUCACAGCACAAAGCUCCACAGCUGGCAGCCGGGGAUAAAGAACCCCUAUAGAGGCCUGGUGAUUUGGCAGGUCCCAGAGUGUUUGGACAUCACUGUUACACUCUUCAAGGAACCUACGGCAGAGGAGUUUGAGGACAAGGAUUGGACUUUUGUCAUUGAAAAUGAGACAAAAGGCCGUAGGAAGGUGUUGGCAUCAGCUGAUGUCAAUAUGAAGAAGUAUGCCAAUGCCACGCCGGCCCAAUAUGAUAUAAAAUUGAAGCUCAAACCGCUGUCUGCUAAAGUGGUAGAAGCAACGCUGAAACUGAACCUGUCUUGUAUAUUUCUCAAGGAAGGCAAAGCCACAGAUGAGGACAUGCAGAGUUUGGCCAGUCUAAUGAGUAUGAAACAGAGUGACAUUGGCAAUCUAGAUGAUUUUAAUGACAGUGAUGAUGAAGGCGAGGAAAGGAGGGCCAGCUUUGGAACUGGACAAGCUGCUGCUGCUUCUGCUUCUGCCCCCUCUACCACAAGAAUAAAUGAUCUGGCUUGGAGGCCUGCAGUUGAAUCAGGCCCCACAGUAGCCUCAGAGAUGGAUAGGAAAAGGUCCUCUGGCAUUUCCUCCACCAUCUCGGUCCCAUCUCGCCCUCCUCUGCCUGAUCCCCUAGACCCCUCUGUCCCAUCUACCUUAUUGCGAACCCACACACGACCAGCCAGCACUACCCAGCAGGCUCGGCCCUCCCCCUAUGCCUACUCAUUGCCAGCCUUUACACGUGCUCACCCUCCUGCGCUUCCCAAAAUCUUCCAGCCCAGUGCCGGAUCAGUGCCCGUCUCAGCUCCUCGAAGGCCACAUAGCCUCCACAGUGACUCUCCAGCUGAGGGUUUAGAGGCUCAGGCUUUCUCUACCUUCACCCCUUCCAAAGCCCUCUCCACUUCUACUCUGUCCUCUUCACCCUCUGAUCCAUCCCUUCAUCCCCACGUUGUCUCUGAUACCUCACAAACAGCCUGUCCCAGUGCCUGGAGAGCACAGAGUGUUCCCUCCUUUUCUUCUUUCUCCUCCUCCUCCUCUUCAGCUCCUGUCAGCUCCUUCCCUCCUUUACCAUCGCCUUCUGCUCCUGGACAGCUCAAAACCCGCCUCACCUCUGUGGGGGAGCCAGGCUCUGCCCUCACCAGACCCACCAGUCUGCCAUCUGCCCCUGAGACAGCUUCCUGGCUGAGUGAAUGGAGGCCUCCUAAAUCUCAGGCCCCUCUAGUACAGCCUGCCCUCUCUCCUAAAUUUCUGCAUCUCUCUGGUGAUGAUCCUGGACAGCCGGCAGUGCUGCAGAAAAAGCAGAGAAUAGAGACGCCAUCUUCAUCGUCUCUGCCCAUUGGUCAGUCUCUGGAGCAGAAACACCAGGGAGGCUCUGGAUAUGUUCCUUCCUGGAGACCCCAGGUCACUCCUUCAGUAGAGACCCCCUCACUUCCUCCUCUAAGUCCUCACUCUACUCUUGUGCUCUCUGGGCCUCUUCCUCCUCCUCAGCCUCAUAUAUCCCAAACUGCCAUAGACUCCCCCAGUGACCAAGAUCCAGAAUUUAAAAGACAGUUGAGCACACUGAGUGAAGAGGAUAACCAGUGUAUAACACCUACAAGCCCUGAUCCCAGAGCCCCUGCCAGUUGGAGGCCAGAGGCAUCUAGGGCUACAGAACAUAAAAGAGAUGCACCAUUUGGAAUCGAGGUUGUCAGGGCAUCAGCAGGACCUGAGAGCAUGGCCUCACUUCUGCCCUUUAGCCCCAGAACGCCCUUAGCCCCAGGGGUAAAAUAUUUUGAGAUGCCCAAAACAAAGAUGGAUCAGGCAGAAUCAAGGCCAACAAUGACAUUUCCUAAUGUCCAGCCAACACUCCCUCCCUUCACUUCUCCACCUAUGCAAAACCCUGAUUUUGAAGUCAAGGAGCUUCUGUCUAACCCAAGAAGUCACUUGUCCGAGAUGUCCUUUCAGUUAGGGAAUCAAAUAGCCCAACCAGAGCCUGUUCAACAUAUGCCCCUUUCUCCUGCCAACCCCCUACCUAUUUCCAGAUCACUCCAGGCACCUUUGUUGCACUUGCCUCAAAUUGCUACAUCUGACACAAAACGGAUAGGGAGGAUAGGAGUGGGGCAUAAAAAAGAAGCUGUAACAAUGGAUUUGGGAAAUGAGAGCAUGGCUGCCUCAGUGUCAUCUUGUGUCAGAGAAGGCAAUUCUGCUUUUUCUUCAAUGGUGAUGAACAAAACGCCAGAAGCUCAGUCUGGAGAGUCAUCCGUUGUAAGAAACUCACAGUGGAAGAAGCCACAAAGAGAGACUCUAAAAAUCAAUCCUGCUGUUCCAAUUCCCAUUAUGGAUAAGAAAAUCAUAUGCGACACACCUGCCUCUGACCAGGUCACUUCAAGAUUGGAUUCUCAUUCUGGGUUCCUCUCAGUACAGCAGCAUACAACAAACACAUUAUCAGAGCAAAUGGAUGAAUCUAAUUUGAAUUUUGCAUCCUCUUCCACAAAAAGCAUUGGUGUGCCUGAUGUGGACUCUGCUCCAGAACAUUCUACUGAGAAAGAGGGAACAGAAAAUGCGGUUUGGUCUAUGGAUAAGAGACCAUUGUGUGAAAGAGAUAGGAGAAUUACACAGGAACUUGUGUUACCAAGUUCUACAGUUUGUACUGAAGAAAACAGUGUGUACAUAUCAAAGGUGGAACUUGGUCCAUUGUGUACAGGGGGGAGUUCUAAUUCUCAUUUACCAUCCACUUCACAGCCUGAAGCUCAGAUGGAAGGAGCACUGAGAGAGCCAAGUAUGAUGCAGUUAUUAUCAAGUUGCCCACAGUAUUCCAAUAUUCCUGGCAUGCCAUCUUUCCAUCAGUCACAAGUUAUAGCAUGGACUCAUGAUGGGAGUUUAUUGUUUCAAAAGUUAUGCAGCAAGAGAUUGCCAUUACUCCUGUAUUCAGAUUAUGUUAGUUCCCUUUAUGGGGAUAGUACAGAAAUUGCAAAAAUGGUGGACCUAACACCAUCCUGCACCAGGUCUGGUAGUAUUCCUGGAUUCCCAUCUGCUCUGAAACGUGAGCCAAACAUGGCUCACCUUUUACCCACAUGUCCCAGAAUUUGCAGGGUUCCAGGUAUAGCUUCUGCUGGAUCAGCAAUUGGAUAUGAAAAGAUUGUUUGGGACAGAUGUUCUCUGUGGAAGAAACCGUUGCAGUUAAAAGGAACAUUUGUUUCACACAUUUGUUCUGUUCAGGAGCAAGCUGUUAGUGAUACCAAUAUGAUUAAAAUUAUGGUGGCCAUGUUGCCAACAUGCUCUAGAAAGGCAAGUAUUCCAGGGUUUCCUUCUGCACCACUGCAGAAGGCUCCAUUUACUCCAAGUAUGGCCAGUCUUCUCCCUACAUGCCCCAAACAGUCGAGGAUAGCAGGUAUGCCAUUUCGACAAAAUGUUACUGCAUAUAAUGACAACUGGCAUAUUUUGAGGGAAUUCAAAUUUGGUAGAUCAUUGAGAAGUAACUGUGUUCUGGUUCAGGAAAACUUAAAUGUGGAUAAAGAACAAAUAAAACAUAUGGUAAAUAUGUUACCUUCUUGUCCCUGGAAGGCAACCAUUUCUGGUUUUCCCUCUGCACCACGAAAAGAGCACACUGUGCCUGACUCUUCAUCUGCACCAGGGCAAGAACCUUGCAUGGCUAACUUUUUGCCUACUUGCCCAAGAAAAACCAGAGUUAUUGGUUUACCUUCGAAGGAGCCAGUUAUUGCUCAAACUGAAGGUUUGGAUAUGACCAGGCAUAUUUUGCUGGAGAAGCCUUUAAGGAAAGUGAAAGUUGUGAUUCAAGAUAUUUUCCCAGUUGCUGCUCAGUAUCUAGAAAAGGGAGAAAUACUCAGUUCUGUGGCCAUGUUGCCAUCAUGUCCUGUAAAAAGUUGCCUUCUCGGUAUUCCUACAGGACCCCAGAAGCUAUUACCAAGUACUGUCAGUCUUGUGCCUACAUGCCCUAAACAGACCAAAAUUCCUGGUAUGCCAUCUCAAGAUCAAAAGAAUUCAGAGAACACAGAUUGGCAUACCUUAAGGAGAUUAAUAAACAAGAGACCAGAGAAGAAAACACACGCUUACAUAGUUCAGUGGAAAGCAAAAGACAGCGAGAGCCUUAAACAUAUGGCAGAUAUGUUGAUAAGUUGUCCACAAAAAGCCAAAGUUUUUGGCUUACCCUCUGCUCCACGACAAGAACCGAGUAUGGUUAAUGUAAUGCCCUCCUGCCCCAGACAUAGUGGAGUCCUUGGUUUGCCUUCAAAGACUGGGCAAAAACUUUGCUUGUCCAGCUGUGAGGAAUGGUUUGCUUAUAAAAGAUUACAGUUCAAGAAACCAUAUAUCAAAAGGGAGGUGCAGAUUCUAAAUGCAGUUUUGGCUUUUGAUAAGAACACUGUUGAAACUAUGAGUGCGAUGUUACCCUCUUGCCCUGAGAAUGCUAGUGUACCCGGGUUUCCCUCUGCUCAAACAGCGACAUUUGCUGAUGGCCCAACUAUGGUGAAUUUAUUGCCUAGUUGUGCGAAGGAAUCCAGAAUUCCUGGAAUGCCAAUUAAAAACACUGUCAAACAAUUAGAGUGGCAAAUAGAAAGAAAGUCGUUGCUCCCCCCAAAGGAGAAAUCUCUUGUUAAAUUACAUUUAGAGGAUGUUAAUAUGUUCUAUCUUGAUUGUGAUACGAUAAUAAAUAUGGUAUCCAUAUUGCCCUCCUGUCCACGGACAACCUGUUUACCAGGCUUUCCAUCAGUACCAUGUCAGACGUUGGUAGAUAUACCAAGUGUGACCGAUCUGCUGCCUACUUGUCCAAGGCGUUCCAGAGUUUGUGGAAUACCCUCUAGAUCCCACAGUGAGUCCGAUGAAGCAGAAUGGAAUGCAGACAAAAGAUCAGUAUGGGAAAGGCCAUUAACAAACCCAGGGAAAUUGUCAGUAAUACAUGACCAUAAGAUGUAUUUUAAAGAAAAGGCAUUAAUUAGAAUUAUGGUAUCAAUGUUGCCACCUUGUCCCAAACACUCUAAUAUUCAUGGAAUUCCCUCGAAGGUAGGAGAGGGACCAGUGGAAGCUUUGAUGAAAGAGGCUCCCAGUAUGUUUAAAUCCCUAGCCACUUUCCCAAAACAUGGCAAAGUUCCAGGUCUACCUGCAAAGAAUAGUGCAAAAGAAAAUGAUGGCUGGCAUGUGGACAGAGGAUCAGUUUGGGAAAACCCAUUCAACAGAAGGUAUGGAGUUGUUUACCAGGACUUAACAGCUAAGGAACUGUCAUAUAGGGACAAAAAAGUAAUGCUGAGUAUGCUUCCAUCCUGUCCACGACAAGCCCUGAACCCUGGCUUUCCAUCCACUCUACAACUUCAAGCUGUUGAUGCCAUAGUAGAAAAAAAUCCAGACAUGGUGCAGUUGCUGCCAUGCUGCCCAAGAAAGUCAAGUAUCAUUGGUUUCCCCUCAAGAGUGUCAAGAGUUUCUGAUUCUGAAGUAGGGGACUGGCCAUCAGUGAUGAUAAGGAUACAUGGCUGCUGUCCAUUUCACAAAAAUUAUGGUUCUCCUUACAAAGAUAUAAUGAAGGCAAUUCCUUCUUUGGAAGCUUCUUGUUCAAACAUUGCUCUCAGUUCUGGUGUCACAGCAGUUCCACAGUCUGAGGUAGAAUGGCUUCCAAAUAUGGUAAACACUGUGCCAUCUUGCCCAGAGAAAACCUCUAUUCCGGGUGUGCCAUCAACACAUGUGCACCAUUCAGAUCAGAGGUGGCCAGUUAAAACACUACCAUUGGUGGAUUCAGGAACAAAAAUAAUUGAAACUGAAAACGUGAUGGGUCAACAGCUGUCACUGGAAGAUCAACCAUUUUGUGAAGUUUCUCUCAGAGAGAGAUCAAUGAAGUUUAUAUUCCCCAGCCAAGAUGUACCAGAGGAUGCACAAGAAAGACUUUUGACAAUUGAUCCAUCAACAUGUCCCAGGAAGGCCAUCGUCAGAGACUUCCCAUCGUCAAAUUCUGAAAUCCAAGUGGAUGAGCCAUACCCUAGAGUUAGCAGGACUGAGAUGUUAUGGGAUGAGGCCAGUCCAACCAGAUUAGAUCUGGAUGCAAAGAAAGCAAAAUAUGAUGUGAGCUCACCUCUGGAGAUGCAUAAAGAUGAACGGGGCUUUUGGAUACCAACUGAGGCAGAAGUAGCUGUUCUAGAAAAAGGAAACUUGCACUGCAGAAUAUGGCACUCCAUUCCUGACAUGCCAUUAUUCUUGAGUGUCAGGAAGAGACAUGAAAACAUGGUUUCACUGCAGCCAUCAUGCCCAAUUAUUGCUGGUGCAGCAGAACUCCCAUCCACCCAAAUAAAUAUUGCUGAACAGCAGUUAGAAAAACAUUCUACAGACAGGACCAUACUAUGGGAGGAGCUACCAAAGGCGAGUACAGAAAAAUGUCCUACAGACAGGAUCAUUCUGUGGGAGGAACUACCAAAGGCAACUACAGAGAUAACUAAAGAUGCAUCAGAGGAAGAAAGGGAAAUGAUGAAAGAAAUGGUGGUCCCAUCAUUCUCUGGUGCUGCCAUAAACACAAGUCUCCCUUCCAUGAUGUGGAACAGUUAUGAUGAAAUGGCAAAGACAGAAGCUGGGACAGUAGAUAUGAUACCGAUAUGCCCAACAGUCAGUGGCAUAUUUGAAUUUCCUGAUUCUAAACAAAUAAAUGAAUGCCUACUGGAUAGCCAGUCUACUUGGGAAAAGCCAUCAAAUCAUGAUGAAAAUAUAAAUACUGAGUGUGCUCUUCAUUUAAAAGGACAUGCAAAUCUAGUAGAACAAAAGGUGGGAAAAAAGUCUUCCUGUCCUACAAAGACUAGUGCACAAUGUGUGCCAUAUUUUGUGAAUCCUAAAAUUGAGUACAAACAGUCCACAUUCUUGGAAACCUGUUCCAGUGUGACAAACAUUGCUGGCAUGCCAUCCAAAUUUCCUGUAAAUGAAAAUCACUGGCUUAUAGAUCAAAAGCAACUCUGGGAGAAACCACCAAAAAUGAAGGAACUAUCACUGGCAUGUGCAUCAAAGGAUGAUGAAAAGAACAAGAUACGAAUGGUUUCACUGGUGCCAACUUGUCCCAGAGAGGCCAGAAAUCCAGGGUUCCCAUCUGUACUACAACACAAUUUUGUCUUUCAUGGAUCAAGUAUGGUGGAUAUUUAUCCCUGUUGUCCUAAUGUGUCCAGUAUACCUGGUUCACCAUCUAUCAGUGAAGCCAAUAACAGAUCAUGGGUAUCUAAACAGGAGCUUCUUUUGGAGAAGAAAAGGAAAACUGAGCUUGUUGUCAUGUCGGUAUCACCAAAAGAGAAGGAUGAAAUUGAACAAAUGGGAGCUUUGGUACCAACUUGCCCAAAACAUUCUUGCAUACCAGGCAUCCCCUCAAUUUUACAACCUACUAUGUCUCAUCGUGGAUCAGAUAUGAUGAGCCUUUUAGGCUCAUGCCCCCAAACCUCUUGUAUUGAAGGUAUUCCAUCAUUGGUGGAGAAUUUGACCAAAAGUUGGGAAACAGAUUACAAAUGUGUAGGGGUAACACUGACAAAAAAAAUCAACACAGUCAUGAUUGAAGAUAAACCUUAUAAUGAUGAAAUAAAAGCUAUGUCAGCUUUAGCCCCAACUUGUCCAAAAGAAGCUAGUAUCUCUGGAUUUCCAUCUGCUCCGGAACCUACAGCAAUCUAUAAUGGAUCUAGUGGGGUCAAUCUCCUUCCAUCUUGCCCAGCUGUGUCCAGCUUGGCUGGUUUUCCAUCCAUGCAGGAAGCUGACAGCAAAGACUGGAACACUAUUCAUCAGACAUUAUGGGAGAGGGAAAAUAAAAAGGGGUCUGUAUUACUUUUGGAGAACAACAAAAUAGACAAAGACAUGACAGGAAUCAUUUCUAUUGUACCAAGUUGCCCAAGAGAAUCCAGCAUCCCUGGCUUUCCCUCUGUACCACAACCCAGAGUGAUUCAUGUUGCUGACAUGCCAAGAAUGGUCAAUCUUUCAAGCUCAUGCUCAAAAAUGUCACGAAUACCAGGGUUUCCAUCAUCUGAUAAUUCAAAAGAGUGGGCAGUGAGCAGGGAGCCACUAUUUGAAUCAAGAAUGAAAGAAAAGCAGGUGUCACUGAUCGAUAGAUGUGAAAGAGAUAAGAGAACAAUGAAAACAAUGUUUUCCCUUGUACCAUCUUGUCCAAAAGAGGCACAGACAUCAGGAUUCCCCUCUCAUCCAAAUCCCCUAACUAUGUAUUGUGCACCAAAUAUUAUCAGCCUUUUUUCAUUGUGCCCCCAAGUUUCAAAGAUACCAGGAUUCCCAUCAGUUGAAGGGAAUAUCAGUGUAGGAUGGCUAACAGAACAGGGGUCAUUGUUGAAGAGGCUACCAAAGAAGGGGGUUGUAUUUGACAUGUCAAAUGAGAACAAGAAGAAAAUGAAGAAUAUGGUUUUCUGUGUACCAUCCUGUCCUAAAGUGUCUAGUAUUCCCGGUUUCCCAUCUAUACCAAAUCCCAAAGCUGUGUAUUAUGGCCAAAAUGUAGUAAACCUCCUUCCUUCAUGCCCCCAAUUUUCUACCAUACCAGGAUUUCCAUCAUCUGAUCAUUCAAAAGAGUGGGCAGUGAGCAGGGAGCCACUAUUUGAAUCAAGAAUGAAAGAAAAGCAGGUGUCACUGAUCGAUAGAUGUGAAAGAGAUAAGAGAACAAUGAAAACAAUGUUUUCCCUUGUACCAUCUUGUCCAAAAGAGGCACGGACAUCAGGAUUCCCCUCUCAUCCAAAUCCCCUAACUAUGUAUUGUGCACCAAAUAUUAUCAGCCUUUUUUCAUUGUGCCCCCAAGUUUCAAAUAUACCAGGAUUCCCAUCAGUUGAAGAAAAUAUCAGUGUAGGAUGGGUAACAGAACAAGGGUCGUUGUUGAAGAGGCUACCAAAGAAGGGGGUUGUAUUUGACACAUCAAAUGAGAACAAGAAGAAAAUGAAGAACAUGGUUUUCUGCGUACCAUCCUGUCCUAAAGUGUCUAGUAUUCCCGGUUUCCCAUCUAUUCCAAAUCCCAAAGCUGUGUAUUAUGGCCAAAAUGUAGUAAACCUCCUUCCUUCGUGCCCCCAAUUUUCUACCAUACCAGGAUUUCCAUCAUCUGAUCAUUCAAAAGAGUGGGCAGUGAGCAGGGAGCCACUAUUUGAAUCAAGAAUGAAAGAAAAGCAGGUGUCACUGAUCGACAGAUGUGAAAGAGAUAAGAGAACAAUGAAAACAAUGUUUUCCCUUGUACCAUCUUGUCCAAAAGAGGCACGGACAUCAGGAUUCCCCUCUCAUCCAAAUCCCCUAACUAUGUAUUGUGCACCAAAUAUUAUCAGCCUUUUUUCAUUGUGCCCCCAAGUUUCAAAUAUACCAGGAUUCCCAUCAGUUGAAGAAAAUAUCAGUGUAGGAUGGGUAACAGAACAGGGGUCAUUGUUGAAGAGGCUACCAAAGAAGGGGGUUGUAUUUGACACAUCAAAUGAGAACAAGAAGAAAAUGAAGAACAUGGUUUUCUGCGUACCAUCCUGUCCUAAAGUGUCUAGUAUUCCCGGUUUCCCAUCUAUUCCAAAUCCCAAAGUUGUGUAUUAUGGCCUAAAUGUAGUAAACCUCCUUCCUUUGUGCCCUCAAGUUUCUACCAUACCUGGAUUUUCAUCAGUUGAAGGACACAAGGAAGAGGGAUGGGUUGCUGAGCUGGGUUUAUUGAUGCACAAACCACAAAAGAACAUUCGGUUUAGGAUCAACAGCUCACCAGUUAACAUAGACAAACCAAACAACAUGUUUGCUUUGGUUCCUUCUUGCCCAGGGGCAUCAAAGAUUCCAGGCUUCCCAUCUGUCCCCCAAUACAAUAUGCUGAGUCUUGUACCUGUUUGCCCCAAAGUAUCAAGUUUCCCUGGAUUUGCAUCCUGUGAAGGGGCCUCCAAAUUGCAUUGGCUUUCUAAUCCACACACUUUAUAUGAUAAGCUUCCAAAGGAGACAGGUUUUGUGAUUGAUGGUCCAAAUCAAGACCAAGAAACUAUGAAGGCAAUGUUGGCCUUAGCACCAUCUUGCCCAGAAGCAUCCAGAAUACCAGGGUUCCCCUCUGCACCUCGGACAAAAUCCAAGAUUGAACCCAGUAUGAUAAGUUUUGUACAUUGUUGCCCAAGUGCUUCAAAUCUCAAAGGAUUUGCAUCCAUGACCACAAUUCCAUGCACAGGGUGGCUGACUGAAACAAAACCUGUUUUGAUAAAGCCUCAGAGGAAGAAUAGGGUGAAAAUGAUUAUGGCACAUGCUGGACAGCAACAUGUAUAUUGCUACAACAUGAAGAGUAUGGUGACAUUGGUAACAUCCUGCCCAAAAGAGGCUAGAGUAUGUGGUUUUCCUUCUGCUCAAGUUGUAAACAAACCACCAAACAUGGUCAGCUUAUACACAUCAGCUCCAUGUGUUUCAUGUGUCCCAGGUUUUCCAUCAGCAAGGAUGCUUAGUUCUGAAGGUAUGAAUAUACAAACUAUGGCAACACACAGCAAAGUCUUGUUUGAGAAGCUGCAGAAUGAGAAGAUUGUUCUUAUUGCAAAAUUGCCAGAAAAUUAUAAACAUCAAGAUGAAAUGAAGUACAUGGUAGCAAUGGCUUCAUCAUGUCCACAUCUGACUCGAAUUCCUGGGUUCCCCAGCAAUUCACAAUUGAAUCCAACAAGAAAAGAAAAAAUGACUAUUCCAUUGCCUUCUUCAACUGAAAAGCAUACAUUACAAGAAUUGCCUCAUGCACAAUCAACUCAGUCAUAUCUCAAAGAAGCAAGAAUUCCUGGUGUUCCCUCUACAUGUAUUAGCAGCCCCAGUGAAGCACUUGCAUAUGAGGAGAAAUUCAAAGGGAUUGCAACGCAAAACAUAGACCUUUCUGUAGAUAAUGGCGAAUCACAAAUAGAGAGGAUGAUAGCAGAGGAAGCCCAAACAGUGAAGAAACCACUGGACACAUCAGAGCCAGCAGGCGUCUUAGGUUGGGAAGUAUUGGAGGUGGAGGGAACAGUAACAGAAAAACAGACACAAUCCUCUAUUUCAGCAAAAGAGGAGGAUGCUUCAGGAUUAGUAAAGGCUAUUGUGGGUGUUUUCCACAAAGGUUAUGAAACAGUAGCAUCCAUUUUGGGGCCGUCCAGCUCUACUUUAGCUGAAGUUGAUCACCAACUCGAAGCUGUCUCUGCAAUGGACCUAAAAGACAAGACGGUGAACCCUUCAGAUGAGUGUUUUCCACGUGCAGAUGAAACUACUUUCAUACAGAAGAUAGUUCCUUUAGAGGGCCAGUUUGAGGACAUUCCCUCCAAACAUAGCACUGAAUAUCCAAUAAGUGCUGAGCCCUACAUGUUGGACUUGGUAGGUGAUCGAUCAGUGUCUCCAUCACCAACUACAGAUAGCGAUGAUGGGUUUUUGGUUUGUGCAAGCAUGAAGAAAUGGCCACCUUUGACAGAGGCAGAUAUCACUGAAAUAUCAAAGGAAGAUGGAGAAGGAGUAGAGGCACAGGAGGCUUCACUUGAUCAGUGGCAUACAAAUGAGAGAUCACUGACAGGGCUGGACUCUGUUCAAAAAUCAGUGUACACUGAAGGUUUGUUAAGGCACCAGACUGAGGGAGAACAGAAUGAGGUUAGAACAGUGUCAACUUCUUCACAGCUGGAUAAAGGCCCCCAACGAACAAGCACUGAAGAAAUUUCUGCCACUGCCCUACAACCUUCAUCAAAUAUGUCACUGACAGAUGCCAAUGAACACAGAGAGACACUCUUGGAUAAACCUUCAGAUGAUCAUAACCUUAGUCCAGUUGGACCACAAGCUGACAUUGCUGUUUCUCAGCGAGGCAGAAAGCCAAAGAGAAAAGUCCCAGAUCCUCAACAGAAAGGAUGUGAUCAAGAAAAAGGCACUGUUCCAUUACGACCACUCAGAAGGAAGGAUAGUUUAACACCAGACCGCAAACAAAAAUCUGAUGGUUUGUCUGUCAAGCUCCUCCCUGUGCAGAAACCCAUGGAUGUUGUCCCUCCUCCUCGUGUAAAAAGAAGAGAUGGUAGUUUGCCACCUGAAACAUCACAGAAAUCUGCUCCUUGCAAGCCUCUGAGGAGAAAAGAUAGUGUCACUAGAGACAGAGCUGCUCCAAUAACUAAUGACCAACAGGAUUUGAAUGCCCAAGUCAGUUCUGCUUUAAAAACUUCUGAUCCUGUGCCCCCUCAACCCUGUGAGAGAAGCUCUGAUGUGUCAGGUGCUCUUGAACCUUUACAGAACAUUGAAAACCCCAGUCAAAUAGCCAUUGAAAUGAUCCCUUCACAAUCUGUUGGUAGAGAAGACCAAACUAAACAACACUCUCAAGAAACUAAUUUUGUUGGGAGUUCAUCUCCACAGCAAGACACAGAAUUGGUCUGCUCAAAUGACACAGAACAAAUCUCUUGUACUCCUGAAUGGCUUCAGAAAGACAUUACUAUAUCUGUCCAGGUGUCUUCUGAUGGAAUUUCUACCUCAGAAACAAAGGGAAUUGAAAGUAUCGCACCAAAGCCAGAAACUGCUUAUGUCUCAAUCAUCAAAAAGAUAGGUCUUCCACAGCGUGGCACGAAAUUGCCUUUAAGUAAAUCUGGCAAAAUUGGCAGUGAAAAGGGAAUUACGGCACAAAAUUUAAAUGUUGCAAACAGGGAGUCAGUAAAAUUAGUCCAGAUUGACAAUACUAUGAAGGGUGAUAUGGAAGAAAUAAAGCAGUUAAAUGUAGCUGGUGACACAUCUGUUCAUAUGAUCAACACAUCUUCUCAGAAAUCAGAGGAUGAGAAGGACAAACAAACAACUCUUCCUAUCCCAAGACCUCGUGUGAGGAAACGUCUCAGUGGCUCCUUCCCAGAUGACUUUACAGUUACAGAGAAGACAUCUCAGGCUUCCCAUGUGGAGGAGGCACAGGCAGCAAGGAAAGGUAGCCCUAAAGAAUUGUCAGUGGUGCAACACAACAAAGGCUUCUCCCUUCUUCAUCUGGGUGAUCAACAUACUAUAUCCGGAGAAAAGGAGGCUGCUGUACAUUUUAGGAGAAGCAGAUUGACUAUUGAGAGCAAUGUUCAGGUAGAGGAUCUUGAUACUUCAGAGAAGAUACCAGGAUCCUCAAGCUUGCCUGUACCAAAACCAAGAGUAAAGAAACGUCUCAGUGGUUCAUUCCCAGAUGACACAACAAUUUCUGGUUCACCACCUCCAGGCUUGUCAGACACAGUACCUGACACCACUUGUGAUGAACCAUUUCAACAGAAUGAACAGCCAAGCUUGCCUGUUCCAUUGCCACGAGACAAGAAACGUCUCAGUGCAACUUAUUCAGAUAGCACACCACCUGCAGACGAUUUAUUCCCCGUACAAACUGAAUCCUCUCAGAGAAGGCCGGAGGAUACAUGGGUCACUAGCCAGGAAACAAAGGAAGGUUCAAUAUCGUUGGAUUCAAGUAUGAUCUCUGAAGGAGGUUUUGUCACAAUCCAAGGAGAAGAUUAUGUUGCAUCAGAGUUGGAACAGGAUGCGUUAACAGUAUUGGGAGAGGAAGGAUUUCCUCAGUCAGACUCAGUAGAAAAUGAAAUAAUUGAAGGCUGGACCUUUACAGAUAAACCUAGUGUUACAGAUGACUCAGAGAAAGCUACAGAGGCAGUACCUGAGGUGGCUGACAUUGAAAAAGUCCUGGAAGCAGAGCUUGAUAGGUCCAUAGCUUCUACUGUUACAUCUGUUCAGGAUGACUGGCUGCAUGUGGGGGAUGAUAAAGGCAGUGAACCAGUGGAAAUAAACUCACAGAAGGAAAUGAGGGACGAAGAGUUGGACUUUGGCUUUGUGACUGUAGAUGUAGCUGCUGGUUGUUUAGAGGAAGAAAGGCAAAAAGAGAGAGCUGAAGAAUCUUCAGGUCGGUCUGCACCUAUGCUUCGUGGCAAGAAGCGUUUUGGUGGUUCUUACCUAGAUGACAGCAAGUCACAAGUUCAUGGCUUCCACCAAGCCAAUGAACCAACAACACCUCAGAAAAGACCUGCAGAUGGGGCUGCCUCUUCAGAAAGUCUAUCGGGCAGUCCAAGCUUGGUGACGUCCAGUCAGUCUCUACUAGAAUGGUGUCAGGAAGUCACACAGGCUCACAAGGGAGUGAAGAUCACCAACUUUAGCACCUCUUGGAGGAACGGCCUGGCCUUUUGUGCCAUCUUACAUCACUUCUACCCAGAAAAGAUUAAUUUUGAAUUACUGGACCCGUAUGACAUCAAGCACAACAACAAAAAGGCCUUUGAUGGCUUUGCCGAACUUGGCAUUUCCAGGUUGAUGGAGCCCUCAGACAUGGUCAUGCUAGCAGUGCCUGACCGUCUCAUUGUCAUGACCUACCUCAGCCAGAUCCGCACCCAUUUCACGGGCCAGGAGCUCAGUGUGCUUCAUAUUGAGAAGGACAGCAGCGAGUCCAGCUAUGCAGUAGCAGGGGACCGGGAGAUCCAAGAGGACCCUGAGGCAACUGCUCGCUACUGCGCCCAGAGGCUUCAAGAAGAGGGUAUAACUCUUGAGACUAAUGGGACUGCAGGCACAGCAGAGGACAGUAAAACCAGUAGGGAUGUGGUUCCACCUCCCAGAACCAAACGGUUGCAGGGUGCUGGGGCAGCAGGGGCUCAGUCACCGGUGGCACCACCAAGAACUCAUUUCCUGUCCAAGUCAGGUUUCUCUCAUGUCAAAGACGCAGAUCUGGUCAAGAAGCGCAGGUCACAGCGGAGGAGUGGGUCAGUAGAUGAAGGAGACAUAUCAGUGGUCAUUGCAGGACAGGAAGACAGUGUAAUUACCCGGAGGACAUCAGAAACUGAGAGAGCAGAGGCAGUGGCUGAGGAGGGAAGACCAGAGGGCCAGGACCCCAGUCAGUAUGCGCUGAGUCAGAUGGAAGCCCUGGAAGUGGAACAAAACCAUGUUGAUAACAGAGCUGGAGUGGUGGAGAGGAAACUCAGACAACUAAUGGAAACAGGUAGUGACAAGGUGGAGGAGGAGAGGUUGAUUCAGGAAUGGUUUAUGCUGGUGAACAAGAAGAAUGCUUUAAUCAGGAGGCAGGAUCAUCUGCAGCUAUUACUGGAAGAACAAGACUUGGAAAGAAGAUUUGAGCUGUUAAACAAGGAGCUGAGGGACAUGAUGGCCCUUGAAGAGUGGCAGAAGACCCAGGCUCAUAAACACAGGGAGCAGCUGCUGCUUCAGGAGUUGGUGUCACUGGUCAACCAGAGAGAUGAACUGGUCCACAAUAUCGACGCCAAGGAGAGAGGAGCUCUGGAGGAGGAUGAACGUCUGGAACGUGGCCUGGAACAGCGGAGGAGGAAGUAUGCUAAACAGCAGAAGGAGAAGUGUGUGAUGCAGUGAUUCUGUCGACCCCUAGCACCACAUGCUGGCUCAAGUUUCUGAAAGAAAGUGCAUGAAGACAAAACCAAGAAUGCAAAAGCUGUGUUCAGUCCUCUUUCAUCUGCAAAUCAGCCAUAAGAAGGCAGACACAGCUGAGCCAAGGGAUGUAUUUCACACUGAACUACUAUGAAGUGGCUGUGUAUUCUCAAUAGAGACCUGAAUGGUCUAAAACCAGAGUGAGGCUCUGGAAACUGUCUCAAUCAACUCAAGUGUUAUUUUUGGUUGGCUUUUCCUUUGAGUGUCUUCAAAGUGUGGCAUUAGGCUCCAUUUUAUGACCAAAGAUCAAGUAGUUUAAGUGAUGUCAUUUCCACAAAGUCAGUGUCUUGUCAAUUACCAAACCCUAUCCAGCAUCAAGAAUGAUCACACACUCAGCGGGAGAGGCAUCAAAGAGAGCUGCUUGUACCUUUGGACUGUUUGCAGUUUCUGUGCCGUGUUUUUAAUUAACCAUUGUUACAGAUUGUGCUUAUAGAUGUAAAGUGUUUUAUUGAAAGUGUGUAUGAGAGUGGAAAUGUCCAUCACAGUUUGGAACAGAUAUGAGUUGUCAACAACAGUCAAGACGAGGGUUGAAAUCUGAAAUUACAAGGGCCUCAGAAAGCCUCCCAUCCUUAACCAUAACAUAGGCUGUAGAUUAUCUGUAUGACCAUUUUCAGAUCAACCACUGCUUUAGUGAAGGUUUGAGUAAGGUUAGGAACAAACUACUUAGUUAGGGUUAGGGAAAGGUUGUAGCAUGGGUUAAAAUAACUACUUUGGGGAACCUUUUUAGUCAUGGUUAAAAGAAACCAUUGUGACAAUCAGUAGGAAACAGGAAACAAACUAGUCAUCGCCAAAGUCAAAGUCAAUCCCAUCAAGACUCAUCUGUCUACUCCAACCUUCUGUCUAUGAGGGUUUCAUAUUCACACAACCACAAGCAGUCCUUUUUAGGUCAAGAGAAACAUAGGGUCAUAUUAAGGCAUUGAACAAACAACAAAUGCUGUUGUUUUUCUCGUAAAGCCAGUCUUGAACUACCAUUGAACAGUGAAAUUCUCCAUUUAAAACACAGACUAAUCUUGUAAGGAUUAGCAGUUACUUAAAGUGCCUAUUUUUUGGAGUUUUGGUGAUCAUUCCCAUCAGUUACAAUAGUCACUACUGAGUUCUGUGGCUGCAGUGACUCUACCAGACUCAGUCCCACAGGGCAGCAACACGAGCUAUCAGACAACCAGACAAACAUAUUAUUUAAACCACAUAUUACAUGUAAUUGUCAGUUUGAUGUGAUUGUAGCAUCUUUCAAAUUUGUCCUCUGCAGUGUCAUUUUUGAAACAGACACCAGGUGGCGACAAAGGAAGACAUUUUCAAAGCCUGCACAUAGUUUUACAAUGGAAGGGAAGUUUACAAUGAACAUUUUGGCUGCAUUCACCUACCUUUUCACUUCCAAAUAAUUUAGUGUGGCUGUGGAUUUGUUUAUAAUCCACAGUUCAGCCAUACCUGUCGCAUUCACCUGUUUACCCAUCCCUAGAUUUUGGCAAUGAAAUUGGUGAGUAAAAUGUCAUAACUGAUAGAAAUAAUCGCCACCUCUAGGUAAAUAUAAGGCCCAGGUUGUAAAAGCCAUUACCUUUAAGGCAGGCUGAGGCAGGGUUGUUUCAAUUUACAGAGCAAUGUCCCUGAAGCUGUUGAGGAAAAUCAUCUCCACUAUAUUGGUGUUGGGUAACACUGAUUUGCCAUUAUUAGAUUAACGUAAAAUCCAAAAUUUGCACACAUACCGUAGGCCUACUGUAUAUCUGCAAACAAAGACUUUUUAAACAUAUAAUUUGUCACCAAAGUUGCCUUACUGAAGGAUGUGUUACAUUAUAAAUGCCUGUAAAAAACACAGAGUACCUGUGGUUGAGUUUAAUACAUUGAGUUCAGGAAAACGUGGAGUAGGGUCUGUUUUUAGAGUUCAUGAUUGAUGCCUUGUUACUGAUUUACUGAUAAUAACUUUACGGGGAAGUUUUCUUGUUUAUGUGCCUAUAACCAAAGGACUUCGACAGAAAAUGGUGAUUGAAAAUGUGCUGUUCCAGUAGAGCUGGGCGACAAAACAAACUGCUCCUGUAGGUUGUGAACAGUUGUUGAUUUCCAGGUCCCCUAUCCCCUAAAAAAACACCACCACCAAACACCCAAUAAUAUUCUUGAUUCUGCUAGAGGUCAGGCCUAUAGAUAGAUCAAUCACCACCCAAAUUUAUGAUUUUACCAUGCAAGCAUCUGUGGCCGGCAAGAUAACUGCUUAACGCUUUAGCCAGCCAGGAGCACACUAGAGCUAGUCAGUCAACAUAGCUGUCCAAGCCAGCUAGCUUUCUGAUUAGCUCAGCAACUAAGCUAACUUGCCUGCUAAUGUACUUUACAUUAGCAGGCAAGUUAGCUUGAUUGCUAAGCAUACAAUAAGUUAGCACAGGUAAUUCCAGACACUUAUUUGUACCGUUGAUGACUUCUAGCUACCAAGACAGUUUGGUUUGUGUUCAGUGUGUAUCAAAGUUAAUCAAAAUCAAACUCACAGAAAAAGAUUUGUGCAGAUUUAUUUUGUCACCAGGAGCAGAUUCUGCUGCAUUCACAGCAAAUUCAUGGCAUUUGUUCAUGUUGUCCAUACAGGAGUUAAAAUUAAUGUAAUGUGAUGUGGUGUUUUAAAAGUAACAUUUUACAUUUAUUCCUUCAGCAGAUGCAUAACACGACAAGUGAAAAAUAGUCAUUUUUAAAAGUUAACAUCAUAUUUCAUAACCACUACUUCAGUGGAGCAGAUGCAAGAAAUUCAGGAUCAAGAUCAGGGUCUUCUAACUAGCUUAUUGGAUUAAUUUAAAGUUUUACUAGUUAUUCAAGAUGUGUUAACUGGAGAAGCAGCCAUGCAAAUAUGUGUUUUUUCUUUUCAUGUAUUUUAAACAAAGCUCAUAGUCCUUGUUACUGCAGCAUUUGACUUCCAUAUCUGUUGAAAAUUUGCACAGUAGCAUUUAAUGCAAUGUUAUUCAUGACUGUGACAUGGGAGCAUGACUGUGAGACCUGUUCAUGGAGGAUUUUUUUGCCACUGAUUUGGAAAAUGUAAGAAAAAAUAUAGGUAAUUGAACAUGUUCAAUGAAUCCCGUCAAUAGCAGGUAAUUAAAAAUAAUUAAUAAUUGCACAAAUUUAGUUUUGCUAAAAUGAAAGCUGAAGGUGUAAAUGUUUAUGCAUGUAAAAAAAAAGAAAUCGUCAUUAGCACAGUGUUAACAUUUGGCAAAGUGAAGCACUUCCAUAUUUUCCUCGAGUUAAAGAAUACUCCCUUCUUGUUGUUGUACUGAAAAGUUAUGUGUUUUUACUUACAAGGGUAUGCCAUAACACAGUGACAUUUCUGUGCCCGAGAGGUUUUAAUUUGUGUUUGCAGUUCCCAUGCCAUGCUGGUGGUUGUAGCAACACUGACCACCACCUGUGUGAUUUCAAGAGAUGGAAUAGUUACAGUUGGUCAAAAAGAUUGCCGUUGGAAACUUUUUAUUUGUUGUUUUCAUGUUAUAUUUGCACUAUUUGUAAAAUUUGGAAAAUAAAAAAGAUUGGAAUGCC